UAAUCACAUUCAAGGUGUUAUUGGAAGUGUUGAGGUUUAUGACCGAGAUAGUGACAUAUUAACGAGUAGCCUUUGCUUUGUGAGUUGCUCAGUUGUUGGUCACUGCUGUUGCAGGAUGUUCAAGUUCGUGCUGCUGAUCCUGACUGUGUCAGGCCUCCACGCCGUCCCCAUCGCAGCCCCGAGAGGUUUGCAGAAGACAUCUUCAUCCCUCCAGCUCCCCGAUGGCUUCCAGCAGGACGACAGACUCGCCGACAUCCGUCAACCCAUUCCAGACCGCUUCAGACAAGGUACCGAGCUCUCCAGAAGGUUCCUCUUAGACCUCAACGCUCACCUGGUGCAAGACAACAUCAAUGAGGUGGACAUCCGCCCCUCUCUUGGGAAUGGAUUUGGGGAGAUGCAGAGAAGACACUGGCUGACGGAUGAGAUCCCUGUUGAUGUUCCAGCUCAGAAGAGCGGUGGCGGUGGUUGGGUGAGGGUGGAGGAACCGUCUGCACCUCAUCUUCCAGAUGGUUUCAGACAGGGCACCGAACCCGUGAUGUCGAUCCCAGAUGGUUUCAGACAGGGAACCGAGCCCGUGAUGUCGAUCCCAGAUGGUUUCAGACAGGGAACCGAGCCCGUGAUGUCGAUCCCAGAUGGUUUCAGACAGGGAACCGAGCCUGUGAUGUCGAUCCCAGAUGGUUUCAGACAGGGAACCGAGCCCGUGAUGCCGAUCCCAGAUGGUUUCAAACAGGGAACCGAGCCCGUGAUGUCGAUCCCAGAUGGUUACAGACAGGGAACCGAGCCCGUGAUGUCGAUCCCAGAUGGUUACAGACAGGGAACCGAGCCCGUGAUGUGGAUCCCACAUGGUUUCAGGCAAGGAACUGAGCCUAUUAGAAAGGGAAUCGAACCUGUGAUGUCUGCCUCAGAUAGUCUAAGGCUAGCAGAACCUUUGAGGGCUAUUCCAGCUGGUUUCAGACAGGGAACGGAACCUGUUCAUAAGGUCCCAGAGGGGUUUAGGCAGGGAACCGAACCCUUAAGGCCCAUCCCAGAUGGUUUCAGACAGGGAACCGAGCCCGUGAUGCCGAUCCCAGAUGGUUUCAGACAAGGAACCGAGCCCGUGAUGCCGAUCCCAGAUGGUUUCAGACAGGGAACCGAGCCCGUGAUGUCGAUCCCAGAUGGUUUCAGACAGGGAACCGAGCCCGUGAUGUGGAUCCCACAUGGUUUCAGGCAAGGAACUGAGCCUAUUAGAAAGGGAAUCAAACCUGUGAUGUCUGCCUCAGAUAGUCUAAGGCUAGCAGAACCUUUGAGGGCUAUUCCAGCUGGUUUCAGACAGGGAACGGAACCUGUUCAUAAGGUCCCAGAGGGGUUUAGGCAGGGAACCGAACCCUUAAGGCCCAUCCCAGAUGGAUUCAGACAGGGAACCGAACCCUCCAGGCCGAGUAUCCCAGAUGGAUUCAGGCAGGGAACCGAACCCUCGGCCCCUAGGAUCCAAACAAAGGUAGUGGCAUGUAGGGGGGAGGUCAUCAACAGGCGCUGCUACGAGUUCAACUCCACACCGAUGACUUUCGAGGAUGCACAGAUCGUCUGCCAUGCUCGUGCACUAAAUGCUGAGCUUGCGUCUGUAACCAGUGGCGAUCUCCAAUCCCGCCUGGUUUCCCUGGUGACCAACGGCGGUGAGAACAACCCUGUGUUGACCUGGCUGGGAGGCAUGGUCAAGAACCUGAGGGCAUCAUGGGAAGACGGGUCAGAGUGGGGUUACAGUGACUGGAUGCCCGGCCACCCCAACAUUAACACUGACAAACCCGUCUGUCUGGAGAUGUUCCAGAUUGAUGAGAGCUGGUGGACGGCCGCUGACUGUGAGCUGAAGAGAGCGUCUGUCUGCUCGUACCCGAUCUCUGCGUGAAGACGACAAAGAAGCAACAUGAGAGAUUGAACAUCUUCAUCUUCCUCAGACGUGUUCGCUCGCAUCUUCUUGAUUAAAACUUGGCAUAUUUCA